CGGCCCCCCGGCUCUCCCCGGCCCCGCCGCCCCCGCGGCCCCCCGGGCCCGCCCGCAUCGGCUACUACGAGAUCGAGCGCACCAUCGGCAAGGGCAACUUCGCCGUGGUGAAGCUCGCCACGCACCUGGUGACCCGCGCCAAGGUUGCAAUAAAGAUCAUUGAUAAGACUCAGCUGGAUGAAGAGAACCUGAAGAAGAUAUUUAGAGAAGUUCAGAUCAUGAAGAUGCUUUGCCACCCACAUAUCAUCCGGUUGUACCAGGUUAUGGAGACGGAGAGGAUGAUUUAUCUGGUGACAGAGUAUGCCAGUGGAGGGGAAAUAUUUGAUCACCUCGUGGCCCACGGCCGCAUGGCCGAGAAGGAAGCCCGGAGAAAGUUCAAGCAAAUUGUGGCUGCUGUCAACUUCUGUCACUGUCGUAACAUAGUCCACAGGGAUCUGAAGGCAGAAAAUCUCCUCCUGGAUGCAAACCUGAACAUCAAAAUAGCAGAUUUUGGGUUCAGCAACAUCUUCACCCCUGGCCAGCUCCUUAAAACCUGGUGUGGGAGUCCUCCCUAUGCUGCUCCAGAGCUCUUUGAAGGCAAGGAGUACGAUGGGCCAAAGGUUGAUAUUUGGAGCCUCGGCGUGGUGCUGUACGUGCUGGUGUGCGGGGCCCUGCCCUUCGACGGGAGCACCCUGCAGAACCUGCGCGCGCGGGUGCUCAGCGGCAAAUUCCGCAUCCCCUUCUUCAUGUCCACAGAGUGUGAACACCUGAUCCGCCACAUGCUGGUGCUGGACCCGAGCAAGAGGCUCUCCAUGGAGCAGAUCUGCAAACACAAGUGGAUGAAGCUGGGGGAGGCUGAUGCAGAGUUUGACAGGCUGAUAGCGGAGUGUCAGCACCUGAAGACCGAGAGGCAGCUGGAGCCGCUGAACGAGGACGUGCUGCUGGCCAUGGCAGACAUGGGGCUGGACAAGGAGCGCACGGUGCAGUCGCUGCGAGCCGACGCGUACGAUCACUACAGCGCGAUCUACAGCCUGCUCUGCGACCGCCUCAAGAGGCACAAGAACCUGCGCAUUGCCCCCUCGCCCAGCAUCCCACGCACCGUCACCUUCCCCACCUCGGCCAACAUCCAGCAGACAGAACAGACAGGCAACACCAUGAACAUCAACGUGCCCCAAGUCCAGCUCAUCAACCCUGAGAACCAAAUUGUGGAGACCGAUGGAACAAUGAACUUGGACAGUGAUGAAGGGGAGGAACCAUCACCCGAGGCUCUGGUCCGCUACCUCUCCAUGAGGAGGCACACAGUGGGAGUAGCUGACCCACGGACGGAAGUCAUGGAAGACCUGCAGAAGCUCCUGCCUGGCUUCCCCCGUGUCACUCCUCAGGCUCCAUUCCUGCAGGUGACCCCGAAUGUGAACUUCAUGCACAAUGUGCUGCCCAGGCAGAACCUGCAGCCCACGGGGCAGCUGGAGUACAAGGAGCAGUCCCUGCUGCAGCCCCCCACCCUGCAGCUGCUGAACGGGAUGGGCCCGCUGGGCCGGCGAGCGUCGGACGGCGGGGCCAACAUCCAGCUACACGCGCAGCAGCUGCUCAAGCGGCCCCGGGGCCCCUCGCCGCUCGUCACCAUGACGCCAGCUGUCCCAGCUGUCACCCCUGUGGACGAGGAGAGCUCCGAUGGGGAGCCGGAUCAGGAAGCUGUGCAGAGAUACUUGGCAAAUAGGUCAAAAAGGCACACUCUGGCCAUGACCAACCCUACAGCUGAAAUCCCUCCAGACUUGCAGAGGCAGCUAGGACAGCAGUCCUUCCGACCCCGGGCUUGGGCUCCACACCUGGGACCCGACCAGCACCGUUCUAUUUACAAGGACUCCAACACUCUGCACCUCCCCACCGAGCGCUUCUCCCCGGUCCGGCGCUUCUCCGACGGGGCUGCCAGCAUCCAGGCUUUCAAAGCCCACCUGGAGAAGAUGGGCAAUAACAGCAGCAUCAAACAGCUUCAGCAGGAGUGUGAGCAGCUCCAGAAGAUGUACGGUGGGCACAUGGACGAGAGGACGCUGGAGAAGACGCAGCAGCAGCACAUGUUGUACCAGCAGGAGCAGCACCAUCAGAUUCUUCAUCAGCAGAUUCAGGACUGUAUCCGGCCUCCCCAGCCAUCUCCACCCUUGCAAGCUCCAUGUGAAAACCAGCCAGCUCUGCUCACUCACCAGCUCCAGAGGUUACGGAUCCAGCCAUCCAGCCCGCCCCCGAACCACCCCAACAAUCAUCUCUUCAGGCAACCCAACAGCAGCCCACCCCCCGUGAGCAGCAGCGUGCUCCAGCCCCAUGGUGCUGCCUCCCAGUCCCAGUUCCAAGGGAUGCCAUCCCACAACACAAUCUUCCCGCAGUCGGGUAACUGUUCCCCUCCCCCGGCCAUGGGGCUGACGUGCCUGGCCCUGCAGCAGCAGCAGUCGCAGCCCCAGCAGGUCACCAUCCAGGUGCAGGAGCCCGGGGACCUGGUGGGCAGCAGCCUCCUGCCCGGGGCCUCGGUGGGCGGGCAGGGCCUGGCGUCCCACACCCGGGGGAUGUCCCUGAGCCCCAGUGCCAGCCAGAUCCAGAUGCAGCACCGCGCCAACCUGAUGGCCUCCCUCAGCUACGGCCACCGGCAGCUGUCCAAGCAGCUCAGCGCCGACAGCGCCGAGUCGCACAGUCUGAACGUGAGCAGGUAUCCCCCCGCCAACUACGACCAGGUGCACUUACACCCCCACCUGUUCCCGGAGCAGCCCCGCGUUUCCCCCAGCAACUACAGCCCGCCGGGAGGGGUGGGGUUCCCUGCAGCCCAGCAAGCUCUGAAGGUCCCGCAGCUCGACCAGUACCCCAGCUUCCCUCCGAACGCACAUCAGCAGCAGCAGCACUACACGGCAUCGGCACUACAGCAGGCACUGUUGUCCCCGACACCUCCCGACUACAGCCGACACCAGCAGGUACCGCACAUCCUCCAGGGACUGCUUUCCCCCCGGCACUCGCUCACGGGGCACACGGACAUGCGGCUGCCCCAGGCAGAAUUUGCACAGCUCAUCAAACGGCGGCAGCAGCAGCAGCAGCAGCAAGAAUUCCAAGAGUUGUUCAGGCAUAUUAGUCAAGGGGAUGCUGGGAAUAUGGGCACCAGCAUGGGACAGAACCUCUCGGAGCGCCAGUCGUUGUCUUUGCCUUAUCAGAGUGCUGACACGUACCACCCCCAGAACAGCCCCCAACAUCUCCUAAAAAUCAGGGCGCAAGAAUGUAUCCAGCAGGUCCCUGCGUCCGUGCCACCGCCGCAGGGAUACGGACACCAGCCAGCCCUGUUCCACUCGGAGAGCAUGGAGGAGGACUGCGCCUGCGAGGGAAACAGGGACAGCUUUCCUGACAGUAAGAGUUCAAACACAUUGACCAAAGGUUGCCACGAGACCCCUCUGCUUGUAAACGCAGGAGGGCACGGGGACCCCGAAUCUUUGCUAGGAACUGCUAAUCCCGCGCAGGAGCUGGGAACGCACCAGUACCGGCAUCAGCCAGCACCUGGAUUCAGGAAUAAGGUGCCCAGCAGAGAGUCCAUCGGAGGGAACUGCAUGGACAGGAGCUCCCCUGGCCAAGCCAUGCAGGUGCCUGACCACAACGGCCUGGGCUACCCCGUGCGCCCCUCAUCCAGCGAGCACCCGCGGCCCCGCACCCUGCAGAGACAUCACACCAUCCAGAACAGUGAUGAUGCCUACGUGCAGUUGGAUAACUUGCCUGGAAUGAGUUUGAUGGCAGGAAAAGCGCUCAGCUCAGCUCGGAUGUCGGACGCCGUGCUCAGCCAGUCGUCGCUGAUGGCCAGCCAGCAGCUGCGGGACAGGGACGGCGAGGAAUGUGGGGAGAGUUUGGAAGGUCAAGAGCACGCGAACCUGGGCGAUGGCAGCCAGCACCUCAACACCUCCUGCUACCCCUCGACGUGUAUCACGGACGUCCUGCUGAGCUACAAGCACCCGGAGGUGCCCUUUGGGAUGGAGCAGGCGGGGGUGUAACCAGGAGGGA